GUGCGCCGAGAAGAUGGCGGCGGAAGCGUGGUCUCUUGUUCUUUUUGUUGUUGUUUUUGGUUGUUGUGAUGUUUGUUGUUAUUGAUGCGAGGGCAACGGCGGCGGCGGCAACGGCAUCAACAAUCUCGGGAACGGGCAGCAGUGCAAGGGCCAACAACAACUCGACAGAGCAGACUUGGUUGUUGUGGUGGUGGUUGUAGAGUGGUGGUUGUUGUUUCUCGGAUUGUGCUCUAGAAAGUUUUGCCAGGAGGAGGAGGAAGAGGCGGGGAGCUGCUUGUGUCAGCUGUUGGACAUUUAAACAGCCAUUGCUGCAUACACAACAUCGCCAGCAGUUUGCGAUCGGCAACAACCAGCAGCAGCAACAACAACCAGCAGCAGCAACAAUCAGGGUGGUUGGGUAACCCCACGUCUACAACCUGAAGCCGGUGGUGGAGUGGCGCCGCGCGAGAAGACGAGGUUGCGGAGAGCAGAGGGGAGACGGAGCGAGCAAGAGCGAGUGAAGUUGACGAUAGAAGGGAGAGGAGGGUUCAGAAAGUGGCGGAGAGAGAGAGAGAAGCUGUCAAGUUGUGAAGGGGGAGACGCGAGCGAGCGAGCGAGCACGGGGACGAGUGCGGAGAGAGGGUUGAGGCGGAGGGAGACCAUCUCGGCUCAUGCCGCCGCCGCCUCUUUGACGAAGACGGCCGCCCCAGGAGGGCAAGGGGAGUGAGGAGGGGCAGGGGAUGGAGAGCAGCAGCAGCAGCAGCAGGCCGCCUGCCUGGCGCCGUCUCCUCGCCUCGCAGCGCUGCGCGACUCGCCUCGGCUGACCGAAGAAGACGCGGCGGCGGCGGUGGUGGUCGGCGGCUUUGGGAGACUCCUCGACAAGAGACGCCUCGAACUUCACUCGCGAGUUCUUGCGCGCCCUUACACCCUCGUCACUAUCAUCCUCAUCAUCUACCUCGUCAUAUUUGUUGACUUGUUAGUUUCCUCUCGGUUCUUCCGUCAACCUACUCGGCCAUUAACAAUACCACCACCGCCGCCUCGUCACCAUCAUCGUCUCGGCGUUGUCUCAGGAGUUUUAGUUUAAAAGCCAAGCGGCCAGCAACAAAGAGCACUCUCUCGGUAGCUGAGGGGAGGAACCACGGCGGAGACACGAAGAUGAGCAAGGAACGGCCCAAGAGGCACAUCAGCAAGAAAAGACUGGUGAGUGAGCGGGAGUACAACCAUGGAAUCCUGUGGUGGGAGGAGCGCUACAUCCAGAAGGCGCUCUACCGCUCCCUUCGCGACGAGAGGGGCGCCAAGAAGGGGAGCGCCCCCCCGCUGCCCACGCGCGCCCCCCACGCCGCCAACACCGCGAUGGGCCGUGGAAAGGGGCCGCAGUUGAAGGCCGGGUCCCUCUCUAGACUGACUCGGAGCGGCCUCCCCGCAGUCCUGCCCUGCAAACGCAAGCGCGACAAGGGCAGGGAGGGCAGCCCUGCCCCCACCGCCGGGGCAGGGGCAGCAAGCGAGGAGGGAAAUCUUCGCAAGAAACUGCGGGCCCAGCGCAAGUUUGCACAGUCUCAGCCGGGCAGCCCGGGCGGCACUCCUGUGAAGGCGCCCGAGCCGCCCCCCUCCGCCCCCGCCAGCCACAUGAUGGAUGUGUGUCCCAAGCGGCCCAAGACGGAGGACUUCCUCACCUUCCUCUGCCUUCGAGGCACCCGUGCCCUGCCCCGGAGCAUGGAGCUGUUCGGCAGGGCCUCCGACGAGUGGGACGAAGAGGAGGAGACGGCGGCUGAAGAGGCGUCCUCCUCAUCGUCCUCCACCUCCUCGGCGGCGUCGUCGUCGUCGGUGGCGGCGGCGGCAGUGGACGGGGAAGGUGGAGGAGCGACGACGAUGGCGAUGGAGGAGUCGGCCCUCCCCGCCUCCCCCACCUCAUCGUGUCCGUCCACACCUCGUCGCAACCGCCCCGGCACGCACCCCCCGGCCAGCAACGGGCACGUUUGGUCGACGCCGACCAGGCCGUGCCGGCCACCACAGCAGGCGCAGCAGCAGCGGCAGCAGCAGCCGCAGGCGCAGCAGCAGCAGCAGCAGCAGCAGCAGCAGCAGCAGGCGCAGCAGCAGCAGCAGCAGCAGCAGCAGCAGGCGCAGCGGAGGCUGAGGAGGGCGGUGGCGGUGCGCGCUGGCACUGUAAGGCCCUUCCCGGAGUGCCUUGGCGGCACCGCGAUUGUGCCCGUAGUGGUGGUGGUGGGCAGACCGGCACCCCCUUCGCUGGCCCAGCGUCGCCCGGUCACCACGACCACCGCCACCGCGCUGGCACCAAAGGAUUCUAAACUCCCGAACGAUUCUCCAUGCGCCAACUCGGCCGGCAAGGUCCGGGCUGCGGCGGCAGCGGCGGCGCGCGCCGUGGCGGACGCCCGCAUGCAGCCACGGUCUUCGCGCUGCGCCGUCACCAUCCGCAACGGCCACGUUUACUGUGCUAAGGGCCGGCGCCACUCCCUCCGCAGCGCCAGCAACGGCGGAAGCAGCGCCGGCGAUGAUGGCGGCGGUGAUGGCGGUGAUGGCGCCGCACUACGGAGCGGCUCUUCCCCACGGCCGCCCCCUCGCCAGGGCCACGCUGACGCACCAGUCACGCGACAGCAGAACGGCAGCCGCAGUUCGUGCCGACCGACGCUGCAAGUCAAUGGGCUGCUGGCGCACGGCGCCAGCCGCGCAGAAAAGUUGGGCGGCGCAGACAGUGCAACGCCGAAGCUCGGGGCGACCGGAUCCGACGCAGCCGGAAAGUCCGGCGGCCGCAUCAUCUCGCGUACGCAGCCGGCGCCGCCGGCGCCAUCGCCGUCUCUCGCCGGGAAGCGGAGCGGCGAGACCAGCUACGCCACAAAAAUUAACGGCUGUCUGAGAAAGGGAGCGGCCGUAAGGUUGCUCGGACGGAGCGGGGACGACGGGGAGCGAAGGCCGGCGAGGGGAGCGCAGGCUGCAGGGACGGCGGUGGCGCGGCGCCAUUCACGCCCCACCGCGGGGGAGGCAAAGCUGACGCGCUCGGUGAGCGAGCAGCUGCACAGGAAGGCGAUGGCGGCGGAGAGGGCGGCGGAAGCAGAGAGGGCGAGAAACGACGGCGGCGACCGCGGGGCCAGCGCGGGACCAGCGCUGCGGUCGAGCUCUGUCCGGCGGGCGGCCAACGGAGACCACGACGAGAAGCCGGCGGCGGCGGCAGCGACGACAACGACGGUGACCGUGACGCUGGUGAAGACGCCGGUGGAGAGGCCGAGGGCGCGGAGCGAGCGGGACGGGGCGGAGGCAGCGACGCACGGUGCGAACGGCAAUGCAGCCGAGAUCGUCCGGCCACGGCUAGGGACCACGACGACUGCCUGUCUCGCUCGGAGCGAGAAGCCAAAAAACAAUAAUGGCAACGACAACAACAAGAGGGCGAAGCCCACGACCGCAGAACCGCCCGGCGCAACGGCAGGCGGCGCCGGCUGCGCAGAAACGGCGGCCGAAGACGAGCCGGGCGCCGGGGAAACCGGCGGAGCGAGACCGGCCGCUCCCGCGCCGCCGCAACCGUCCGCCCCGGCCUGCGGCAGGACCAGGGCCUCGGCCGAUUCGCCGGGCAGCAGAUCGGCGCGGUCGGCAGUGCCGCCGGCUGCCCCGCCAUCAGACCUCUCCGAGAUCCCCACGCUGCGCCCGAGCAGCCGGGAGUUCCAGGACCCCGUGGCGUACGUGGAGAGCGUGCGCGGGCACGCGGAGGCAUUCGGCGCGUGCCGCGUGGUGCCUCCCGCCGACUGGCGUCCCGAGUGCAAGUUGCACGAGGACAUGCGCUUCGUGACGCGCGUGCAGCACGUGCACAAGCUGGGCCGGCGCUGGGGCCCCAACGCUCAGCGCCUCGCCUGCAUCCGCAAGCACCUCCUGGCACAGGGCAUCGCGCUGCAUGAGCCGCCUGUCAUCGGUGGCUGUGAGCUGGACCUGGCGCGCUUCUCCCAGCUGAUGGGCGGGAUGGGCGGCGUGCACCGCGUGGUGGGCACGCGUCCGUGGAGCCGCCUGGCGGACCAGCUGCGCGUACCGCGCGGCGCCCAGGACCGCCUCGCCAAGUUGCAGGAGGCCUACUGCAAGUACCUGCUGGCGUACGAUUGCCUGGCGCCCGCCGACCGACAGCAGCUGCUGCGCGACGUGCUGGCGGAGAAGCGGCGCCUGGAGCAGGAGCAGCAGGAGGAGGAGGGCGCAGCAGCCGCCGCGAACCAGCAGCAGCCGGCGCCCGGGCCGUGGAGGAGAGGUCGUUCGGCCGGGAAACCGAUCGCUGAACUGCGCAAUGGCCACAUCAACGGCGCGGCGCUACGCCGCGGCGCUACCGCAGCGGCAGCAGCCGGCGCUCGCUCGCGGGGACACCAGGCUGGCCACGGCGGCGGUGACGGCGACACCGGCCUCAACACCUCCUCCCCUUCUGUCAGCGUCAACGGCACCGCCAGCACCACCGCCAGCAGCACCGCCAGCAGCACCAGCAGCAGCACCACCAGCAGCACACGGAGGCGCAGCGUGGACACCGGCAGAGGCGAGGAGACGAUGCCAGGCGGGGAGGCGGCAUUCCUGCACGGCCUGCAAGACUGUGUGCUCAAGGGGAAGUCGGUGACUCUGACGGCGUUCUACCGCAUGGCGCGCAACACCGUCGCCAUGUGCUUCAGCACUGAGGAGCCUGCUGCCUGCGAGGUCGAGCAACGGUUCUGGCAGCUCGUGGAGGAACGCGAUGCGCACGUCGCAGUGCACUGUGGGAAGGUCGACACAAAGACUUCUGGGAGUGGAUUUCCAGUCUCCAAAUCGGAUUCUUUCUCCAGGCACGGCUGGAACUUGACUGUUCUCCCCAGCAACCCGGCCUCGGUGCUGCGUCACCUGGGCACCGUGUCUGGAGUGACUGUGCCAUGGCUGAACAUCGGCAUGAUCUACUCCACCUCGUCGUGGGCCCAGGACCCCCACCUCCUCCCCUCCAUCGACUUCCUGCACACGGGCGCCGACAAAAUAUGGUACAGCAUCCCGGCGGGGCAGCAGGAGGCGCUGGAGAGAGCGGUGCUCUCGCUGUCACCGGCCAACGGGAAGCCGGCGCUCGAGUUGCUGCAGCAGAACAUCGUCUCCCCAGAGGCGCUGCGCCGCGCCGGCGUGCGCGUGCACCGCGCCGUCCAGCGCAGCGGCGAGUUCCUCGUGGUCUUCCCCGGCGCCUGCACGGCCAACGUCUCCUGCGGCUACAGCGUCUCCGAGGCCGUGCCCUUCGCCACCACCGGGUGGCUGCCCACGGCGUGGCGCGCCGCGCAGACGCUGAGGGAGCGGCGCUCCCCCAACCUGUUUGCGGUGGAAAAGCUCCUCUACCUGGCAGCCGUAGCGGAGCUGGAGAGGGAGAACGCAGCGGCACUCAGACACGUCGCCCCGCUCCUGCAGACCCUCCGGGACGUGGAGCUGCGGCGGCGACGCCGUCUCUUUGAAGCCGGCCUGCGACUCUCGGCGCGGCACGGCGCCGCCCCGGAGGGUCCCCACGCGCCGGGCAGCCCCAUGGUGGUGCGUAAGCGCGUGCGGCGCUCCCCCGGCGAGCCCGAGUCACCAGAGAGACGCUGCCAGACGUGCCGGCAGCUCUGCUACCUCUCCAUGGUGGUGCAGGAGAGCGACGGCACCGUGUUCUGUCUGGAGUGCGUGCUGGCCCACGUCAAGGAAAAGAAGACGUGCCGUGGUCUGAAGAUGAUGUACCGCUACGACGAGGAGCAGAUCAACAGCCUGGUGUACCGGGUGACCACGGCGGUGGCGUCGGGCGCCGCACGGCACGGCGACGGCACCGCCACCACCGCGUCGCCAUCGCGGCCCAAGAGAAGCUCGCGCCGCACUCGCCACGGCAACGCAACGACGACGCCGCCGGCGCCGCUGACUCGUACGCGGGACUCCCCCGAGCUCGCGACGCCGGCACCGUCUCCGCCGCCGCCGCCGCUUGCCACCUCAAAGCGCCUCCAGGGCCUCUCCUGAGCCAGGCCGCCGCCGCUGCACGACGACCGCACGAGGAGCAGCAGCGGGAGGAGAGCGUUAGGGCCGCCAUGCCGAUCUCAUCGUGAGGAGCGGUUGAGGCGGAAGUCCUAAUGUCGGCUGUUCUGCCCCACGUGGUUCGGGCGCCGUUGACCGCGACCGUGUUGGCGGUUCGGGCCGCAGUCGCCGAGACAGGUGCCGUGCGAGUCCACGGGUCUCGGUGUGGGUUUACGGGUCUUGGUGCGGAUCUACGGGUCUCUGUGCGGGUCCGUAGGUUUCUCUGUGACUCUGUAGGUCUCGGUGCGAGUGUACGGGUCUCGGUGCAAGUCUAAGAGUGGACAGUGGGUGACUGUAGGCGCAGAAUGCGUUGGUAGUGAGGAGGUGCGAUCGUGGCGAUCGUGGUGGUGGUGGAGAAGGCGGCGUGGCGGUGGCAUCAGCAGUGGCUCUGGCCACGACAAUGUCUCCACGGGUGAUCUCGGAGCUGCGCAUUUCUCUGGAUAAUCCUCAUUCUUCUCUGGGUCUUUAAGGUGUCAUGUUCCCCUGGAGGGACGUUUCUUGAGAUGUUGUAGACAAUUACCUAGUGAGUGUGAAAGUAUUUCAGGUCUAGGCAAUGGUUGUUUUUGCUUUCUUGAUUACAUUGAUAUUGUGUUUUGUUUAAAAUUGAAAGCCAUUCAAGGUGAGAACGACGCAGUUCCCCAGUAGUCGUGGUGAUGAUGAUGGCGAUGACGUCACGCUGAGCGGCGGUGACGUCACGAUUCACAAUGGUGCUUGCGACGUGUGAUGGCUUCAUGCCACUGUUGGGCUUGAGAAACAAACAUGGUGCUUGCCCUUAAACCAGGACAAUGCCACGGUCACGGAACAGCAGAAACGCACGAGCUGCAAUGCUCACGUAUGCCUUGGGCUCGCGCACAUGUUGACGUGCGUGCGUUCACGUGCGUGCGUUCACGUGCGUGCGUUCACGUGCGUGCGUUCACGUGCGUGCGCGUGGGGAGCGGUGGUCAGCGCGUCGUGAGCCCCGGCCACCCCGAGUUCAGUUCCCCGCUCGCGGCCAAUACCGGUGACUAACAUCUAAACAGGCCCUGGGCCCUCCCGUAGGGUUGACUCGGCCUUAAACGAUUACCCGGUGCGGUGAGCAUGCAGACAUCGGCACCAGCGAGACGGAGGCGGGCAGCAGGCGUGGCGCUCGGGCGCUCGGCGCCCACACGUGCCGCGGCGACCUUCGCAGGCGCUGCCCGCGAGCCGCCCUGGCAGCCCGUGGGUUGGGGCACUCUGUGCGUCUGGCCUUCUCCACCGCGAGGCUGGUCGCAAGUCGCUGACAAUGAUUGGUCAUUUGUUAGUCGACCUGUGCGUGCGUCCGUGUGCUUGCGUCCGUGUGCGUGUGUACGUGCGUCCACGUGCGUGUAUGCGUGUGUCCGUGUGCGUGCGGGCAGGGGGGUGGUGCCGUGCGACGGCAGUGCGGUGCGCCGCCGUCUCGCCGUUGUGCCGCACUGCGGGGGCGUUGCACUCGAGUCCUCGGAGGUGUGAAGCGGAGCUCCCCGUGUCCACGUCAACUCCUCGUUAGCUUCAAGUCUCCCUGGGGGUUGUGUCGACGUGAACUUGACCGGAGUUAGAUUCCCUGCGGUGGUGGGGAAGGGGGGUGGAGGGGGUGGAGUGGGUGGCGGUGUGCGCGUUGCGAUUUUAUCUCUCUUCGCUUUUAUUUAUGGAAUUAACUCUGAAGUGUUUUUGCUGAAAUGCUUUAUUUAUUUCCUGGUGAUGCACCGACAUGCUCGCGACAUUUGUAGGCUCCACGUACGUCGCACGUUCGCCGAUUAGCGUCGUUUUAGUUUUGCCGACUGGAACGGUGAGGAUCUGCGAUUGUCCCCGUGCGUGGGGAGUGAAAAAUGAAUCGGUGUGAUUACUGAUUACUUGACAUUUCAGAAGUUACUUAAUGAGUUGAUCCUCUGCUCGGCAUCCUCACGAUGUAAUCGAAUGACUUGGAAUCGCCCUUGGCUGGGAUACGUCGGGUUGACAUGACUCCAGACGCGGCGGCGGCGUUCCCGUGUGUCUAGCCCAUGCCGCCGACUCUUCGCCUCGCCCUUCUGUUGUAUAUUGAAAUAUUUUUUCCAAUUUUCAUUCAAAGUCAAAGCCGCCGUGCAGAGCAACGAAGCGGCGCUCGCCGCUAGAUCUGCCGACGCGUCCUCAGCGGUCGGCGAUUCAGACAUGCUCGACAGGGGCGGGGGGAGGGGGGGAGGGUUUACGAAUCGGCGGAGAGGGGGAGGGGGGACGAUCACCGGCCCCAGUUUGGUAAAAACGCGGCCCGGGAUUAAAGCGCUGCCAGCGACCGCACGGAGGAGACGCGGCAUGUACUUUAUUUGGUUUGCCAGCAACAUUGGCCAGAUUCAGCUCUUCAGAAUCAAAUACCAGUUGGGCUGUCACGCGAGGAGCAUUAGUUCCGUGUGGCCUCUGUGCGGAACGGAGGUGUCGCUUGAAGACGAUCUCGGAGGUAGCUCUGCGAUAUGUGCUUCCGCGUGCCGUUCUCCGGCACGGAAAGGGGGUCGAGAUUUCUGAACGGGUUCUUGGUGACGCCGCAGUGCCCGCUGGGACAAUCGGGGCGGCUGAAAACUGGAUGAGAAUUACCCACAAUUCCCGCUGUGCCGGCGCCUUUUCCACCAGAAUGUCGCGUUUCUCUGCCGCUGCGUGGUGCGCGACCCAGCCGGUGCGGCGCGCUCGUGCCCUCGGGUUCUGUUUUUGCCGAUGGGCGACGGUGGGCGGAGGGCACCGCCGACCCAAGCCAGUGCCUUUGUUGAGCUGCUCAGGGUGGCCACGGCCUCCCGUGCAGCCUGUUUCCCCAUUCCUCUGGCAGCUGCACAGACAACAACAACCACCCUAACCCCGUCUCCUCCUCGUUGUUGUUGUGAGUGAUUCCUUUGUGUGACUGUUUAAAAGCCUUCCUCGCCUCUCGAGUGAUGGGAGAAGGCAGUUUACUGUUUGCGUCGACACGUUGCCAUCGUGUUGAGCUAUUGAGCCUCAUCAGCAUUAGUGUUUUGCGGGUGUUAGGCGGUGUGACUUGUGCCGGUGUAGCCGUACGUACCGACACCUCUCAAACACCAAGUAUACCGGCUAACUUAACCGCCUAGGUUUUUUUACAGCCAAGCUUAUUUUUCACGAUUGAUUUUUUUGGGUUGGGCCCACGUAGCUAUCUGGCCAAACUUUUCGUCUCGUAACUCUCCACCACCCGGCGCAGCCAAACAACCAAAUUUAACAGCGAUGAAACUGAGAAGUGCGUCCAGCGUCUUUCAGGGUCAUCUCCAAAAUCCGCCUGCCGCACGUCUUCCAUCAUCAUCACGACGCCCGCUGCGGAGCGAUCGGCCGUGCCAGCACUGGUUUGGCGGGGGACCAACUGGCGAGGAGGAACGGAGGGAAAAAAAUCCACACCAAACCAGUUUCUUAUCACGGAUCCCACAGUCUGUCUUGGCCGGCUCUGACUUGCCAUGCCAUCACUGGGCCCCGCCGAACGGGUUUCCGACCAAGGGCGAGGUCUCCGUGCAGCCGCCCUUCAGUGUGGCACGCUGGAGGGCGGCUGUCCGCCGAGUCCAUCGGGGGUCCGGGAGGCGCCACUCACGGCCAACGGGGGGGGGGGGGACACGCUGGCGCACGGCUGGUGGGCCAUGACGCGCUUUUGCCGCCGGGCCCAACCACAACAUCAAUCGUGAAUCCUGGUCACACGGGCACUUUCCCAAACGGUUCCUGUUCCUAUGCAGUAACGCGAUGUCUCCGCAGGGAUUGGGGGAGGGUGGGGGGGCAGUGAAUGGGGGGCAGCCUCUGUAGGACGACUCGGUCUCGCACCGGGACUCCAAAUCCGCGUGGCGCCCCCCCCCCCCCGCUAGGUGGAGCGGCCGGGUACCAUGAGCGCGGUCGCUGCGCACGGAAAGCGAGGGGGGUGGGGGUGAGCCCCCGCGGUUUGGUUUUGGGGGGCAGCGCCAGCGAUGGGGUGCGCUGGGCCACCCGUGCCAUGAGGAGCUGUGUGCAGAGCGUGUCCCUUAAAGCAGCUGCGGUGACUGGGUUUUGGGGAAAGUCGGAGAGGCAAGAGGAUGCGGCAGAGCGGUGGUGGCGGUUGCCGUGCACUCCCAGGGAGUUAACAGCACGUGUGGGCCUUGCGCUGUUAACACCCCCCCCCCCUUCGUCUGUGGUUAA